UAUUUACGUAGAAAUUCUUACCUGUGAAAAACCUAUAACAGACAAAUAUCCCUACAUUUCGUUGGUAGAAACAUGGAACCCUGCCGCAGUCGACCUGAAUGGGCGAAAACAAUUCCAAAGUUAGACAAGCGUCUUUGGCGGUUAAAUGUUGGCCUGGAUGCUGGCGAAAGCUGGGAAUACCUUGAAACCGAAGAGGAAGCAAAAGCACGCCCCUUAAGCUUCGCAGAAAAAUAUUUUCUUGGUUUAGACUUAGAUGAUGCUCCAAAAUUUAAGCUAGCAAAAGCUCCUUUGGAAAGUGCCAUUCAUGGAUACGAAUUCUUUCGCCGUCUGCAAUUAAACGAUGGUCAUUGGGCUAGUCCUUAUGAGGGACCUAUGUUUCUUCUUCCAGGCGUGAUCUUUGCGUUUUAUAUUACACAAACUCCUUUUCCAAAGGGAUGGCCAGAAGAAAUUACUCAGUACUUGGUAAAUCAUGCAAACGAUGAUGGAGGUUGGGGUAUCCAUACAGAGGGUGUAUCUACAGUAUUUGGUACUUCCUUAAACUAUACAGUUCUUCGUAUUCUAGGCAUGAAACGGGAUCACCCUGUUGCUGUUAGAGCUCGAACUUGUUUACACAAGCUUGGCGGUGCUAUUGCUAAUCCUCACUGGGGGAAAUUUUGGUUAGCUACGCUUAACUGUUACGAUUGGAAAGGUGUGAAUCCAAUUCCGCCAGAACUAUGGCUUUUGCCAGACUGGUUUCCAAUCCAUCCAGGAAAAUGGUGGUGCCACGUCCGGCAAGUAUAUCUACCUAUGGGUUAUUUAUAUGGGGAACAAUUAUCUUGCCCUGUCAAUUCCUUAAUUCGUGAACUUCGUGAAGAACUUUAUGUGGCUGAUUAUAUGUCCAUUGAUUUUUCCAAACAUCGAAACAAUGUCAGUGAAAUUGAUUUGUAUCAUCCACAUACGACGAUUUUAGACUCUUUAAACUGGAUCAUGGAUAAAUAUUUCACAUUUUUUCGCCCCAAGUGGUUAAGAAAGUUAGGAACAAAAAAGAGUUACGAACUGAUUCAAAUUGAGAAUGAAAAUACAGAUUAUGCUUGUUUAGGUCCCGUGAACGCUGCGAUGAAUACUCUCUGUGUCUAUUACCAGGAAGGUCCAAGUAGUAAGGCGUUUCAAAAAAUCAUUCGUCGCUUACAUGAGUUCAUGUGGGUGCAACCUGAGGGAAUGUUGAUGCGUGGAACUAAUGGCCUUCAAGUAUGGGAAGCAUCCUUUACCUUGAGUGCACUAGUAGAAUCUGGGUUGUAUGAAUCAGAGGUUUAUCAAAAAGAUGCAAUCAAUGCUUUGAAUUUUUUGGAUAGGCAACAGAUACGAAACGAGUAUGCAGGAAAAGGGUAUAGGCACAACAGCAAAGGUGCAUGGCCUUUUAGCAAUAUUACACAGGGGUACACAGUUUCGGAUACAACUUCGGAGGCCUUGCGGGCUGUAUUAGCCGUGCAAUCUCUCCCUGAAUUUGAGAAACCAGUAAGUCUUUGUCGAUUAAGGGAGGCAGUUGACGUUUUAUUACUCAUGCAAAAUAAAGAUAAUGGGUUUGCUUCCUAUGAACCGGCAAGAGCGAAUGAAUGGCUGGAACAUCUAAAUCCUGCUGAGGUUUUUGGCAAGAUUAUGGUUGAAUACUCCUACCCUGAAUGUACAACAUCUGUGGUUCUUGCACUACGAGAAUUUACUCGUUAUGAUGACUCGUACCGUCGUGAAGAGAUCGAGCAAACAAUUCAUGAUGCGCUAUUAUUUGUAGUUAACUCGCAACGACCUGAUGGAAGCUGGUAUGGUAGUUGGGCUAUUUGCUUUACAUACGCGGCAAUGUUUGCAACGGAUUCUUUAGCCACGGUUGGUAGAUAUUUCGAAAAUUGUGAUACACAGAGGAAAGCUUGUGAGUUUCUUUUAUCUAAACAGAGGUUAGAUGGAGGUUGGAGUGAAAGCUAUAUGGCAUGUGUCACCGGGAAUUACACGGAAACAGAUCGUAGCCUAGUAACGCAAACCAGUUGGGCUUUGCUAGCUCUAAUGCACGCCAAGUAUCCGCAUAGAAAGCCAAUUGAAAGAGGGAUCCAGUUCAUAAUGAAAUCACAAGCUGCCGAUGGAAGUUGGAAACAAAAGUCAAUUGAAGGAAUCUUUAACAAGAAUGUGGCCAUCGCCUACCCGAAUUACAAAUUUUACUUUUCUAUCCACGCUUUAGGGUUAUUUGCAAAACAAUACGGAGAUUAUAUUUCGGAAGAUUAAUGCGCUUUCUUUUUAUAUAGCUGGAUUCAUAUAAGAUAAGUCAAGGUUUUACGAGUUCAUUACGAAGUAUAAACUUUUAUUAUUUUCUUCACUUUAUCGCCUAGUGGCAUUGAAAGGGCUUCUGCAAAGAUAAUCAGCUUAAAGCUCAAUUGCGCGUUCUGCAUUCACUUUACUGCCAUGAGUUUAUACGUGCGCCUUACAUAAAUUAGGCAUCGGAAGUUAACAUCUUUUGUAAAGUAAGUGAAUAGCCUGGGUUGAGAUAUUUCAGCAUUUCGUCCAUCGUGAAACCGGGCGAGCCGCAUAUUGAAGUCUGUUUUUCAAGCUGCAACUAUAUCAAACAGAAAAUCAUUCGCGAAGUUACGUUACACACAGAUCAUUACAAGUAAACGUUAAAAUCAUGCUCUCAAUGAAACCUUUCACUGUUUUAAAGGAGCAUUUUUCGGUACUCGACGUACAAGGUGGUCUACCCGCUAUACUUCAUACAAUUUUACAAUUUUUAUAAGAAAAAAAAAUCUUUUUAUUUAUAUAUGCAACAAGACAGUUGCUAACUUGAACCAAAGAGAACAAAUUGAUUGGGGGGAUUUUGACAGCUUCUGAAUGACACUGGCUGUACUAACAUUAUAAUUCUUUAGUCUUUCUCUGCCAUCGUAUGAAAGGAUAGUAGCAGAAUAUUUUCUGCUGAUCCUGAUGAAUGUAACCAGUAAUAUAUAUAGCCAUUUCAAUAUCCAACAUGGUUUUUCCUAAUCGAACAUAUUUUUCUUUUAUGAGAAACAUUCCCUACCUUCGAAUAACUUACAAGAAGCGGUAACAUUCAUGAAAUAUAAAC